AUGAAUAGAAACAGGACGGAAAGUCCGGUUUACACCCGUCAGUGGAGCGGCGGAUCCAGUAGCACCGGCUCAUCGUCGCCUCUGGGGUCACCGGCGCAUCCCAGGUCACGGUUGCCGCCGGCGGGAACUGGGAUGUCGACUAUUAAGAGAACCCAGAACGUGGCUGCGAAAGCGGCUGCUCAACGCCUGGCGAAGGUGAUGGCCUCGAAAACUCCGAAUGAUGACGAGGAUGAGGAAGAUGAUGAUCUGGGAUUCCGGUUUGGACCGCCCCCACCGUCGUCGGUUUCUAGCAGAAUUGAUAGUAAUAAUAGUAGUAAUGGUCUCUCCGCGAUUUCGCUUUCAAAGCUGAAUAGAUCUCCGUCCCCUGCGUUAGGUCGGAAUAUUAUGGAGCACACUCCUUCAGUUCGCUCUACAUCAGCUGGAAGACCUUCAAUGUCUGUUCGUACGGGAACUACGGUAGUGCCACCAAGUAGAUCCUCUUUGAGAGCUCCAGUUACCAUCCCACCAAUCGAGUCUUCUAGUAACAGACUAAGAGAAAAGAGGUUUACACAUGACGUGGGACUUAUUGACUUGAAAGAUCCUGGAAAUGAGCACGAGGCUUCUGCGCUCCGUGAUGAACUUGACAUGCUACAAGAAGAGAAUGAAGUAAUUCUAGAUAAGCUUCGUCGUGCAGAAGAAAAACGUGAGGAAGCGGAGGCCAGAGCCAGAGAGCUAGAGAAACAGGUUGCUUCCCUGGGAGAAGGUGUAUCCUUGGAAGCUAAAUUGUUGAGCCGGAAGGAAGCAGCUCUACGUCAAAGAGAGGCUGCUCUUAUAGCUGCCAAACAGACAAAGGAUGGUAGAGAUGAAGAAUUUUCAGCCCUUCGUGUCGAACUUGAGAACUUAAAAGAGGAGGCUGGUAAUGCUAUGGAACAGCUUCAUGAAGCUGAAUCUGAAGCAAAAGCUCUUCGAACGAUGACACAGAGAAUGAUUUUGACGCAUGAAGAGAUGGAGGAGGUUGUUCUCAAGAGGUGUUGGCUUGCUCGUUACUGGACCUUAGCAGCACGCUAUGGCAUCUGUGCAGAUAUAGCAGUCUCAAAGUACGAGCAUUGGUCAUCCUUAGCACCUCUGCCCUUCGAGGUUGUCGUAUCUGCCGGACAGAAGGCCAGAGAGGAAUCCUGGGAUGGUGGAGAUGAUUCAGAUCGUAGCAAACUUGUACAUGAUUUAAACAAUUUAAGUGGGGAAGGAAAUAUCGAGAGUAUGCUUUCAGUUGAAAUGGGUUUGAGGGAAUUAGCUUCCUUGAAGGUUGAGGAUGCUGUUGUGCUCGCAUUGGCUCAAAGUAGAUGUUCAACUUUGCUUCGGCAAUCGUUGUCUGGUCCUAAGCCAUCUGGUGAUCCCAAGUUCAUGGAGUUAUCUGAAUUAAGUCAAGAGGAGUCAGAAGAUGUUCUUUUCAAGGAGGCUUGGCUUACAUAUUUCUGGAGAAGAGCCAAGGUUCAUGGUGUUGAGGAGGACAUUGCUGAUGAGAGACUUCAAUUAUGGAUAAGUCGCAGUGGACAAUCACCGACUUCGCCUGAUGCUGUUGACGUUGAAAGAGGUUUAACGGAGCUGAGGAAAUUGGGAAUAGAACAGCAGCUGUGGGAGGCAUCCCGAAAGGAGAUUGGCUUACCGUCUAUUGCCAAUGGCAAACCAGCUCCUGAAUCAGAAAGCUCGCCUUAG